GAAUCAUUGAUCAGAAGUAUUUAAAAAAAAAAUCAAACAUUUGAUAUGAAAACGACAUUAUUCUUACUACUUGCUUCAAGUAGUUUUGAAUUAAUAUCGGCUUCAUUACCUUCCGUUCGAUUUAGACAAGGAUGUGUUGUAUUACAGCAAAAAAUAUAUUGUUAUGGUGGAGGUCAAUAUGUAUCUGGUGCUGUCAAUUAUAACAGUGUACUCAAUGAUCAUCUUACUCUUGAUUUAUCCCAAGAUUUUGCCCUAAAGGAUGCUCAAAGUGCAUGGAUAAAAUUACCUGAUCCAUCCAAUUUCGUUUUGGAACCAAACUAUGCUUUCGCCUAUACUCCUAUCAGUAAUACAAGUUAUCUCAUCACAAGCGGAGCUGGAUACAAUGAUGGACAUACUUAUCUCAAGAACAAAACUAUUGUUUAUCAUUCUGAUACAAACCGAUGGGAAUCUAUUAAUACAGCUGCAAAUCAAUCUAUUGGAGCCACCGUCAAUAUUGAUCAGAAUGGCGAUGCCCGUGUCUUUGGUGGUGUCAUCGCCUAUACCAAUGUUUCUCCAAAUCUCAACUUUAUGAAUCUCAAUAUAAAUAGUGAACAAUGGGUUGGGGCUGUUCUUGGUACUGGCACUACUUUUAGAGCUGAUCAUGCUUCUGAUAUCGAUAAUCAAGGAAUCAUCUAUUACGUUGGAGGUCGAAUGGCUUCACCAAGUGGAAGCACGUAUACCUGGGGUUCAAAUGUACCUAUGACCUCGAUUACUACAUACGAUACAGCAAAACAAACAUGGGGUUCUAUUUCUAUUGUUGGAACCUCUCCUAGUCCUCGAAAUCAACAUACCUUUACUUAUAUGCCCAAGGUUAAUCAAUUCGUCCUGUUUGGUGGAAAACCUAGCCCUAGUAGCGAAACUCCUGGAAGUAUUAAUGACAUAUGUUAUACCUUUGACCCUACAACAAAAUCAUGGACUAUACAUAGCGUAGGACAAAUUGGAUCUGGAUCUCGAUUUGGCCACUCUGCUGUACUUUACAUGGAUCAAUACCUAUUUAUCAUCUUCGGUGCGGAUCAAAUUACAAUGAGCUUGAAUGAUUUCCAUCUCUUGGAUGUUCAAUCUUGGAUAUGGUUGGACAAUUUCAGCGCUAGUGGCAAUACUAAUGAAACCAAUGGUACUUCCAAUGGAAAUGGUGGUGGCAAUAACACGGCUAAUACAACUAAAGAUUCCCUUAAUGGUGGAGCAAUUGCUGGUAUUGUGAUUGGCAUCAUAGCUUUCCUGGGGAUAGCAGGUGCUGGUCUCUUCUUUUUAGGUCGACGCAAUCGAAAAGCAACAUCAACAUCAGUACCAAGAUCAUCACCAUCAUCUAAUCAUGAAGCCAAACCACAGGACGACUUUGUGAUAGAUCAAGAAUACCAUGAUUCUCCGGAACAAAAAUAUUUCUCACCAACGGCACAAAACUUUAUGCAAUCUGGCGGUAGUGUAACGAAUUUGACCCAAGCAGUUACUCCUACUCCAAUCUACAAUCAACAAAAUUAUCAGAGAGAAGAACGUUCAUAUCAUCCUGAUGAAAUGUCAACAUCCACAGCUCCAACCUAUACAUCAAUGUCACCCUUAGUCACCUCCCCUACAUCUACUUUUGUGAACUCAGUAUCUACUUAUCCCUCUCAAGGUUUACAACCCAAACCUGAUUUAACCAUGAACGAUAACACUGAUCCAAAUACUGUAAAACCUUAUGCUCCUCAUUAAUCUAUUCUAGUUUGAUUAGUUUACCCAGUUAUAUAUAUAUAUAUAUCUGCACUUAAUCUUUUUUUAGUUAUAUCCUUGUCAUUUUUUUUUUGAACAUCUUUUUGUUUUUGUAUUCACUUAUUUUUCUUUUGAUGCAUUAUUACAAAUAAAGGGAAAAACACUAUUGAUUAAAGUGUAUCUAACUUA